GCGGAGGGUGGCAGCAUCGACUUAAGCGAGGGUACCGGGCCGCGCGCGCCAGUCAGCUGACGAACCUCGUCGCGCACGCACGUCCCACUCCACGCCAAACCGCGUCGUUACAGUGACCGCACUCUCGUGUGAUAAAAACCCCUCGUGUUUUUAACAACAAUGGCAACCUACGCUCAGUUCAAACAUGUUGAGCUCUACAAAAUCGGGCACGGAAAGAACAGGGUGCCGAACGCGCCCAAGAGCUGCAUUGCGGAGAUCUUUAACGCGGAUCAGACUGAUGGUAGCCCAGUGAAGAAUGGUGCCACCAAACCUCGCGUGGUGCGCGACACACCCACUCGCCCCCGAGACACGCACUCCAGGCUCUUCGGACAGGUGCGUCAAUCACAAGCUGUAAACAACCCGGUAUCUCCGAUGGUGACUGACACAAUCCGCAGUCACAUUCAGUUCGGCGACUCUGAGAUGAACGGUUCAAGCCCCACACACUCUCCUUCGAAGAUGGGCAACGGCAGCGCGACCUCUACACCCAGCCGAGCAACGUACGGUCCACCGAAGAGGAAUCCGGUGACAGGCGAUGGAGUGGCCGUGCCGCCGCAGCGCCGCCGCCACCCCGCCGCCAGCCAGCGAGGUGCCGACCCCGACGACCCCAACACCCAGCUCCUACACCCACAACCCACCCACAGAUACUUCACACGUGACUGGCCCCCGAAACCCGCUAACUACUACGUAGAGUCCACCAUGAAACCCAGUCUCACCACAAGAAUAACCCCGUACACACUCCUCGGCUUGGCAUCCGAUGAUCCAGAAGUUGAACAUCCAGUAAUAGACCCAGAUUCUUUGUCACCCCAACUUGUUCUAAACCGUCACUGGCCACCGUUCCCAGCUCAGCACUAUUUAGAGCCGAAAGAGCAUAAGAUUCCAUACCAUCCCCUGCCACCUUACGCAUUUGUUGGAAUGCAUUCCGCUUUAGGCGAGAGGCCUACUCCUGAUUACAAGUACGAUCCAAUUCCAACCUUGGAUGGGCCCAUUGAUCCAUAUUUGAUAGCCAAUACUGAUCCUCCGCCGACGCUGUUUAAAUACGAGCGGGACGGGCCCAUUCCCGACGUGAUCCCCCUGCAGACUGCCCUGGUCCCCGGGCCGCACACUCUGACCGGUUUCCCGCCUAUAUUCCACAAACACGUUCCCGGAUACCUAUUUGAUCGCAAUCGGCAUGCAGAGGACUUCCGACCUAAGACGUACUAUGUAGACUAUGUCCGCCGAAGAGAAAUGGGUGGGUGCUCAGUUUACACUGGAGGAAUGCUGUUGUUUUCGCACCAAUGACUUUGAUGAAAUUUGUCAACCACACGAAAUCAUCGGAGGGAGCUUAACACUUUUAGUUUGCUGUACAUACAUACAAAGGGACCGAAGAACGAUACCUUGGUGUUUUUAAAUUGAGCACCCAUUGCCGUUUUAUAAUUUGCUCAAACUAGGGUUUAGUUUGACCGUUUCUUCUUAGUGAAGCAGUGUAGGCUUGUGAUGUCCAAUAGCGCUUGUUAUCGUCUCCCGCUUGUAAUGUUGUCGAGUAUUCGUUGUUGUACUGUGUAAAGUUGUGUAAAUACGUGCCAAACUCAGAUUGACUUUCCUCUUACGCACGUCGCCUCUUUCUUCUUUCUAUUACUUGUAGGAUUAGUUUUAUUUCAAUAGGUACUUUGGCUUUAUAAAUAAUUAUGUAGGUAAUGUUGGUAUCUUCUAUUAGCUUUAUCAAUUGUAUCUUUUACUGCUGUUUUAUAAUCUAUAAGUAAAUUAUAAAUUGUUAUUUUUGUACUUAGGUCUUUAAUACAACUUGUAGUUAGGGUUAUUUCAACACACGUAUUUUUGCAUGAAGAAAAUUAUAAUUUAUAUCAAGUAGUUUUAUAACAAGACUGAUUUCGAAAAUUUCCAUUUCAUUAGAUGUUUUCACAAUAUUAAAGUUCCACCGAAGUAACACAGUUGCUUUAGAUGUACGCUCGCACUAUUGAUUACAAUGCUAACGAGACCAAUUUACUGAUUUCAGAAGGCAACCCAAUCACCGGUGACGGCUACAAAUCGAUGAACGGCCAGAUCAACACGGUGACGUCAAUACACGGCAAUAGCCUAAUGAGCAACCCCAGCCGCGUGCCGCCCGGCGGCUACUCCUCCGGCCUCUGGUAGACAACACCAACUACUGACGACCCACCUACACCACCACGCGGCGAAGACCAGACACAACAGUCGCCGCCAGCUAUCGGCAUGCGCAAACCGACUCUAUUCUAAAGCCAGUGCUUCAUUCGGGGACACCUCGACAGUUAAAUGAACCUGCGAUGACAACACUCGAGCCUCUAUUUAUUUUAGGCCUCAGCUCGAGGCAGACUGGAUCAGUCUUCCUCAAUCUGAGGCGCACCUCGAAUGAAGCACUGGCUUUAAAAUACAUUUAACGGUACAUAAUAAAAAAUGCAUUUAGUUCACUUCCUAUUAUUUGUUUAAUCAACUAAAUUUGGGUAGUAUUGGCAAAUUCUAGUAACGCCAUUAAAUUAAUGCACACGUAAAUUGCAACGUCCAUUACAUUUUGGAAGGGUAUAUGUUGUUAAUUACAUCCUUAGCCUAUCCCAGUAACAGUUUCAUCAUUUGGAUAAUUUAGAAUAGAUUAUAGAUAUUUUUGUAAUAGUAAUAUUCGAUAGUUAUUGUAAAGUUAAUAGAUUCGCGACGUGGAACUUGGGAACCAUAAUCAGCGAACUGUAGAAUCGCGCGAUCUUUCAAUACCAUUGUCAGUUUCAUUUAUGAUCUCCAAGUUGUGCGUCGAAUUAUCUUAAGAACUUGAAAUUGUACUCUUUCACUUGUACGAAUAUGUUAACCCAUUGAUAUUGUGAAUUUAGGAGUGAGGAAACGUAUCAGCAAUAUACCAAAACGAUUAGUGCCUUGAUCGGAGACGAGGGAAAUUCUCUAAGAAUUGAUGUACAUUUGUGUAGGCGUAACGUACUAAGCAUGAAGAUUUAUGAUUAUAUAUCUAUAUUUCGCGGUAUAGAAAUAAUAAUCAUGCGGCACUCCAGCUAAUUGAUACAAGUAAAUUAACAUAAUCUUUAAUAUUCGACACUGCAUAGGGGUCUUUAAUCUCAUUUGUUGAAUUUCAUUAUCUUAAUAUUUAAAUAGAGGGAUUUAUAAAAUGCAUUUAUUUAAACUUUUUAUACGAGUUUAUUUUAUUUUUUAGUUUAUUUUCUACUCGUUUAGAAAUUAAUGUAAUGACGGAUUUGAAUUUUUGGUAGAUUAUCUGUUAACAUGAUCAGAUGAUCACGUAUGUGUGCAUGAAGAAUGAUGUUUCUAUGCGUAGCGGCGUCGCGUGACGACCUGAUAGAGGUAGCGUAGGCAUAUCAUCUUUGUAAAAACUUUUUAAUAUAAUCUAACAUGAAUUGCAUAAUCACUGGCCUAAUUGUAACAAAUGUUAAUAGAUAAUAACCAUUAUUUCAAAAUAAAGUUUUUUUAUUAAUUA